UUUUAAGGCAAGCCGGGCAACAUUUCGCAUUCGCCAUGUGGCUCCUACUUUUAAUGGUUUUACCGGAACACAUCCGUAACAGGCGAUCCGUUAAAGUGGCAGCUUUCUUGGUCGUUGUUGGCACCUUGCUCUUCUGGUGGUACAACUUCCCUUUCCAAAAAGUGCACCAAUAUAUUAUGGAGAGCCAUAAAAGCAAAUCCAUUUUAUUAUGGAACGCUCACCCCGAUCAAAGUGAGCUCUAUUUCAAACAGAGUUGCGGUUCUAUUCGCUGUGAAAUCAUUACGAAUCGAUCGGAGCGUGCCAUGGACUCUUACGACGCCAUAGUGGUCCUUUUCGGCGACACAUUUUUGCCACUCGAUUCAUCGGAAUUCAUCGAUUAUCAAACAGCUCGCAACAACACAAAUCAACGGUUUGUUUUCUUUACUCAAGAAUCCCCACUAUCGCUCGGCUCCGUUUACAAUGUCAGUGAGUGGGCAAACAUUUUUAACUGGACCAUGACGUAUAGAAGGGAUUCGGAUAUUCCUUUACUUUACGGCCGGAUCGUGCCGGAAGAAUCUGCUAUGCUCUCACCGGAAGAGGUGCUUCAUCACAUAGAACGAGCUCGUCAAUCCUUCCGGCCACGUCCUUUACCCAAUGCAAGAAAGAAGAAGACGAGCAAGAACGUUAUUGCCUGGACGGUGUCCGAUUGCAACACUACAAGUCGAAUAGAGACGUACGUCGAAGAAUUGAGUAGAUACAUCGAUAUCGACAUGUACGGCGAAUGCGGCAAUCUCAACUUUGAUGGAAGUUUCGACGUAACGGACUACAAGUUUUACCUGUCAUUUGAAAACGCACUUUGUCCUGACUACGUGACGGGUACAUUUUUCGAAAUGAUGAAUCAGGACAUUGUUCCGAUAGUGUAUGGUGGUGCCAUCUAUGAACAGUACGCGCCGAUUCAUUCGUACAUAGACGCCCGCCAAUUCAAACCGAAAGAAUUGGCCGCCUACCUGACAUUGCUGGACGCAAACGAAACGCUUUACGGUGAAUAUUUUUGGUGGAAGGAUCACUAUCGAGUGAAAUCAAGUGUAAAGGGCAUGAUGGGAAACGCCUUUUGCCAUCUAUGUCAAGAAUUACACAGAAAUUUUCGAUCGAAAUCUUACCCAAAUUUAACACACGAAUGGAGCGAAAAUCAGUGCACGACGUUGGAUCCAUUGUUGAUCUCUUAAAUUGUUUGUUCAAUUUUUAAAAAGGGAUUUAGUUACUGUUGACGUGCAGUGACGAAAACGGUGAUGAGGUUUUUGGAAUCUACGGUCGUU